AUGGCAACGACAGAGGUAAAACCCUCCGCGGAUAGAAAAAGUAAACGGAAACCAUCACUUGGUCCGAAGAAAGAUUUGAAGAAGAAGAAGAUUAAGAAGUCGAAAGCUCCUGCCUUUGAUGAGACCAUUGAAAGAAACGAUCAGAAGAGCGAGAACGACGGCGACGAACAACCGGCAUCGGCUUCAGAACAGCUUAGCUACUUCUUGAAUCAGCUUGAAUCCGCCAUUAGUGUCCGGGUUUCUACUUUAGAGCUCGAUCCCAUUAAAGAUAAGUGUAUAGUUGAGUUAUCACAAAGUUUGGAGCGAGAUGUAAGCAACUUGGGAGAGCAUAUAAAGAUGUCUUGUGGGUCUUCAUGGAGAGAGACUCUUUGUGAAGGAGAGACUAUUGAAGGGAAAGUUGAACCCGGAAGCCCAUCUGUUCUCGUUAUUAGCUCAUCUGCUCUGAGAUCUUUGGAACUUCUAAGGGGUUUGCAGUCACUGACUAAGCAAUGUCCAGCAGUGAAGUUGUUCUCAAAGCAUUUGAAGGUUGAGGAACAGGUUUCUCUGUUGAAGAAACGGGUUAAUAUUGGGAGCGGCACACCGAGCAGAAUCAAAAAGCUAAUCGACAUAGAGGCAUUAGGGCUUUCACGUUUAGAUAUGAUUGUGCUCGACUUGCACACAGAUGUCAAGGGAUUUUCCUUAUUCACAUUGCCCCAAGUCAGAGACGAGUUUUGGGAUUUGUAUAAGAACUGCUUCCACCGGAGAGUGUUGGACGGAAGUCUACGUAUCUGUCUGUAUGGUCCAAAGGCACCAGCUCCAAAGCUUAAGAAGACUAAGAAGCAGAGAUAG